AUGACGCUCGCCAAGCUCACGAACAACCGCGCCGUUCAGAUGCUGAACAAGGCCGCUGAAGGGAAAUAUGGCGUUCUUGGAGUUGUCUCGUACAAUUUGGAGACCGUGGUGGCAGUCAUCAAGGCCGCAGAAGCGAAACGAUCACCAGUCCAGAUUCUCCUGUUCCCGUGGGCUCUUCACUACUCUCCGCUCUUCAUCGACCUUGCAGCCAACGCCGCACGAAAAGCCAAAGUUCCAGUCACAGUCCACAUGGACCACGCCCAAGAUCCCGAAGUGAUCAAGGUCGCCUCCCAGAUCCAAGCUGCAGACGGCACGCCAGCAUUCGAUUCGAUAAUGGUUGAUAUGUCACAUUUCGAGAAAGAAGACAAUUUAGCAAAGACGAAAGAGCUGGUGGCUUUGUGCCAUGCGAGGGGAAUCUCCACAGAAGCUGAGCCGGGUCGCAUAGAAGGAGGAGAAGAUGGUGUGAAGGACACUGCCGAGCUGGAGGGCAUGAUGACAACCGAGGAAGAAGUGGAUGAUUUCAUUGCGACUGGAAUUGACUUCCUCGCACCGGCAUUUGGGAACGUACAUGGAGACUACCAUGGUGUGGAGAACAUUCAUCUCGACUUCGACCGGCUAUCAAACAUCCAAAGAAAAGUAGGAGGGCGAGUGCAGAUCGUACUCCACGGCACGAACGAGUUCCCUCCCGACAUCAUGGCCAAGUGCAUCGAGCGAGGCGUGACGAGGAUAAAUGUCAAUAAACUGGUACUCUCAGACUACAACAAAUAUGUGGAAGAGAAUACAGGCGAGGUGCCGCUCACUCAGUUGAUGGAAACGGGGACGAGUCUGAUACAAAAACAAACGGAAGCGUGGAUGGACGCUAUCGGCAGCAGUGGGAAGGCUUGA